UUUCAUGGCGUGACUAAGGCCCCAACAGACAAACUCACCGAAACUCGAGCCCUCUUUUGUUAUUGUCUGCUAAUGCCAUCGCCAUCCCAAUGAACUCAAUUGGCGGGACCCACCCUUCAGCCACUGCUCGCCGCAAAACCCGGCGUCGACGGAGGCGCGGAGGAGCCCCAUCAACCCCUCUCCAGUACUGGACUUUCCAUAACAACAACGAAAAGAAUAAACAUGCAUGGUUCUCCUCAGACCCCGGAGCCGGAGAUGAAUCCAAAUUUCCCGGUGGCGGACACGUGGUGGAGCUAUCGGCGAGGAAACUAGCUGCUGGACUCUGGUGGUUGCGUUCGUUGCGCUACGGAAUCGGUGGUGGUUUCAGCACUAGACGUAGAUCCUCAGAUCGGUCACACUUUGGACCUAGCGUGUCACGCGUAAAUACAAUGCUUUCUCGGAAUCAGUCUAGCAAAGAACAUCGUGAACAUCAGUUACGGAGGAGCGAAUCCACUGGCUUUGGUCCAAAGCAGGGAACCCUUCAUAAACAUUCAAAGUCUUUAAAAGAGGGAGCAAGUAGAUGCUCGAAAGCAUCCAUUGAAGCGUAUUAUUUUGCAAGUCACAUGAGGCUUCUUGAAGAUCAAGUCAAAACUGUGUCUUUUGUGUCUUCUCUGCAAGCAGAACUAGUGCAAGCUCGAUUAUACAUUCACGAUCUUGAAUAUGAAGUGCGGUCUUCUAGGAAUAGAGUCAAGUACCUAGCGAGGAAGCUUGGAGUGGAAAGAAGGUCACAGGAAAAUAAAGAACAUGAAAAGAUUUUUGCACUUAUUGAUGAUUUGAAGGUCCAAUUGAGCAGGGAAAGAAAAAAGCUACAAAAAAUGGACGUUAUUAAUUCUCAAUUAGUAAAUGAGCUUGCUGAAACCAAAUUAUCAGCAAUGCAAUCAGUUCAAAAACACGAGGACGAGAGAAGAACUAGAAAGCUCUUGGAGGAAGUAUGUCAGGAGCUAGCUAGGAAGAUUGGAGAAUCUGAAGCUGAAGUUGAAGCCAUGAGAAUAGAGAUGAUGGAAAAUCGAGAAGAGGUUGAAGAAGAAAGAAAUAUGUUACAGGUUGCCGAGGUUUUGCGUGAAGAACGUGUCCAAAUGAAGUUGUUUGAUGCUAAGUUAGCUCUUGAAAGUAAGUACUCUCAGUUGAACAAGUUGAUAACCGUACUUGAAACUUUUCUUAGGUCAAGAAGCACAAGCUUAGAUAUUAGAGAGUUAAAAAAAGCUGAACUUAUCGAACAAGCGGUAAAAGCAGUUAGUAUUCAAGAUAUGGAAGAAUUUUCUUAUGAGCCGUUGGGAUCGUGUGAUAUAUUCUCAAUCUUUGAAGAAUUACAGCAAGUUGAAGUUUGUAAAAGGGAAAUCGAGACAUGGUUCAAUUACUCUUUGACUGGUGAUAUUUCUGAUUACCACCCUGUGAGUCCUCAGGAAAAUUAUCAUGAUAAUGACCAUGUCCCGAAACGUUCAAGUGGUUUUGUUGAUUACAACAGUGACAAUGAAGAAGAUACUAAAGGCCAUGAAGGAGUUAAUCAUGUCGAGAAUCAGGACUGGGUUGAGGAGAGUGGAGACUCUAUUGUCACGAUUGGUGCAUGCAGAAGCGCUCAAAGGUGUGAAAUAGAAUGGGAUGAAACUGCUACUGGAGUAUCUCCGAACACAGAAACUAAUGAGGCCUGCUUGAUAUCUGCAGGACACCCAAAGCGGAAUUCAUCUUCUGCUAAGAUUCAGGCAUCAUGCGCGAGUAGUAGUGGAUCCUAUAAAGCAAUAACAGAUGAGGGUAAUGGACAGCUUUCGAGUAGAAUCAUUUCCAGUCCCGGGGCAUAUCUUUCAAAAGGAAAGUCUAUUAAAGUCGGUCUUAAGCACCAGAAGCCAAUGGAGCAGUAUGGCUCUAUGGACAUUGUAAAUCCACAUGUAGUUCGAGGCAUGAAAGGGUUCAUUGAAAGGGCCAGAGGGUACGAGAACAACACCUUGAAGGCAAAACUCUCGGAAUCCAGUACCGAAAGCAAGAAACCUCAAUUGCGAAGACACAAUACAAAUCAAUAGAUAGAGGCAAACUAUUGGUUUCUCAAUAUUUUUUUAAAGAGCUAGAUUAUGACCCUGGAAAUCCUUUUAAAAGCUAUACUUUCUGAUGAAAGAAUCUUCUCAUCAUAUAUCAAGUUUGUUUUCAUUUUUCACAAGGUGCAUCUCUACCUAUUUGUAUUACUCUGAUAUCAUCACUAGAUUUUAUCUAUAUAUGAUUCUUAUUUUUUUGUUGCCUUA